UAGUAAGAGCAUGAUUUUAAAAAAGAAGAAUCUGGAGACAAUUGAACUAGGGUUCAUUUCAUGUCCACUGAGUUACCUAAAUCGUUUAUCCAAGCGUUUCUCAAUCUGAAAAAGGGUCCUGGAAUGUUCUCAUAAUUUUUGUUGUUUAGUUUAAAAGAUUUACAAGAUGGAUCUCGAUCGUACGGGGCAAGAGACCAUAGAUUUAAGUAAUAAGUCAGCCGCAGAUACAACUAUUCUAAAGAUACCCAAAGAGAGGGACAGUCUGCAUAAAUUCGCUAUCAGCAAAAUGUUAGGAAUAACUGACGAGGAAGAAGACGGGGUGCCAGCAAAAGCCCCCAAAUUGACCAGAACCGACCCAAAAGUUAAAAAAGUAGACGAAAACUGCAACAAUGUGGCAAAUACAGAGAGAAAAUCUCCUUCGGCCUCCGGAUCCCGGAAUUCCUCGCCACACAGUGUAACCGGUCCCUCUCGGUCCAGAGAAGAACAGCCCGAAAGAUUAGGGCCCUGUCCUCCCCUCAGCUUUCCUCACACAUCAUACGAUUUUUCCUCAUGGCCAGGUUCCCUAUUUCGUGGAAUGGCUCCUCAUUUUUCACCCUAUCUUCCAUUUGGCAUGCCCAUUCCCGGGUUUCCAGCAGCAUUUCCGCCAUUCCAUUCCAUGACGUCAGAGCACCAAUUUCCGUUGAAAGCACUCGGUGACCCAUUCUUAGCAUUCAAUGCUAUGCGCCAUGCUUUCCCCCAGCGGCCUACGCUGUCAAGUCCCCAUCUACCAUACCCAGUACCUGUCUCCAAAUCGAUGAAAACAUCUAACAAUGUAGACGAAAAUAGUUCAAAAGUUCUGACCUCGGCCUUUGAUCCAGUUGUUUGUAAGUACAAUAGUUAUGGGGAGAACUCCAUGUCAUAUGAACUCGAUUUGUCGGUGUCAGGAAAAAGAAAGGAAAAAGAGGGGGAUACAAUGCGAUAUCAUUGCGAUGGGUGUACCAAAGUAUACGCAACAUUCAGUGGGCUAACAAAACACAAACAAUUCCACUGUGCAAGUCAAGUCAAGAAAGAGUUCAGUUGCAAGUAUUGUGAUAAAACCUACGUCUCGCUAGGAGCAUUGAAAAUGCACAUCAGGACUCACACUUUGCCAUGUAAAUGCAAACUCUGCGGGAAAGCAUUUUCGCGCCCGUGGUUACUCCAAGGUCAUAUUCGAACGCACACAGGAGAGAAACCUUUCAGAUGUGACCACUGUGCACGGGCGUUUGCAGACCGCUCAAAUCUUCGCGCGCAUCUGCAGACUCAUUCCGACAUCAAAAAAUACAGUUGCAAGUCGUGUUGCAAGACUUUUUCACGUAUGUCUCUGUUGUUAAAACACGAAGAUGGCUGCUGUAGCAAACCUUUAUUAGUGUAGAAAUCCAGUGUCAGAACUUUGUAUCGAUAAGUCAAUCUCGUGGGUGUCUCUAGUCAUAAUCCGAGGGUUCCGUGUGCAUUUUUUGGAGUGCUAAUUGGUUGCAAUAGUAUUUAUGUUCCAUUUGACUUGAUGUAUGGUAUGAUUAUUUAAUCAUUAAUAAAUAUAUAUAUAUAUAUGAUUUUAAAUACCUGU